UCUUGAUUCUUGAGUCUUUGAACAUUACAAAGUCCAAAACAACCCAAAAGAAAAAAAACCGAAAAUAGAACAACUUGAAUGUCAAAAUUUGAAGACACAAGGGAUAGCAAAGAUGGGACAUUUCCGUUGAAAGCGCCUAAGAUAUCUGCAUCUUAGAUGUGCCAUUACUUUAAACCGAAGCCGGAAGCCCUUGGUCCUGUCUGGACAGCGUAAUCUCAACAGUUUUUGAAUAUUUCCCAUUUUCCUGUUUGUUUCUCUUUGUCCUCAAAGAUUUUUAAUGGUAGUAUUCUUUUUCAUCGCUAUAAAUUUGGAACUUUUAGUAAUAGUAGUAGAAAAAAUGCAUCUACCCUCUUUUCAGGAUAAAACUUUGAGUUCUUCGAGUAAGAUAAAUUAAUUAUAAAUUUGGUGGGUGACACUGUUUCAGUUCUACCUAAAGCCGGUUCAAUCUUUCUCAUCUUUACCUUUGAUUUAAUUUCAAAAUAGAACAAAAACUAAAACAGCUUUCUUUCCUUUUACCCGUUUUGCCAAUCUGGGUACUCCAAAGUUUCACUUCUUUGAAAGCCAUUAUUGGAACCUUUUUCUCUUUCAUUCUAAAGCUCCUAGUUUUUUCAAGCUCCAGUUAAGAUCUGCAUAGAUCUUAUUUCCUUAAUUUAGGAAGUUGGGUUAUUGUAUUCCCAUUUGAGUAUAUUAGCUUUCCUUGUUUAGUGUGCUGUUUUGUUUCUAAGUUGCUUACUUAAAAGAACAUUAUCGAGAGCUUUGAGAAACAGAAAGACAUGGCUUUGGCUCGGUUUGGUCGCCAAGUUAAGCGCCCAUAUGGGGUUUGUGUGAAGAUGUCAGCAGUGGCAAUCAUGGGUCUUUGUUUUAUUUUUGUUUGGUCUAUGUUCUCUACUCCUUCUACUUCUGUUACCGUUCAAAGGGAGAGCUUUGAUGACAUAGCUGAACCUGUAGCUUCAGGCACAAGGGUAAGCAAAUCUAAGGGAAAUGAAUUAGAAAAGCAUCGUUCAAGUGAUCACAACAAGAAGGUUGAAUCUGGUUUGAAGAAAAAAGAUGAGAAAAAGAUUAAUGGGUCUUUGCCUUUACCUGCUCAUGAACAUAAAUCUGGGAAAAAGAACGACAAACAUGUGUCAAAUAGGAAAAAGGAAAAAUUAAAGUUACCUAGUGGUGUCUCAAAAGAGAAGCCAGAGCAUCAGGAACAAGAGGAAUCCCAGGGUGAAGAAGAAGAAAAGGAGAAUGAAGAUGAGGAAGUAGUAGUAGUGGAUGGCAAGGAAGAAGGAUUAGAUGGUGAAGGAGAAGAAAAUGGGGAGAGGGAAGGUGAUGGUGAUCUGGAUGAAUCAGUAGAUCAAGAGACUCGGGAGAAGGUGGAAAAUGAGAAUGAAGGAUUAAAAAAUGAAGGUAAGAAGAGAAAGAUCAAAGGUCCGGUUUUUGAUCCAAAAGCACAUUAUAGUUGGAAAUUAUGUAGCACAAGGAGCAAGCAUAAUUAUAUGCCCUGCAUUGAUGUUGAAAGUGGCUUCACAAGGCUGCAGAGCUAUAGGCAUAGUGAGAGGAGUUGUCCCAAAGCCCCUCCAAUGUGUCUUGUUCCCCUUCCCCAUGAUGGUUAUGAUUCUCCAGUGCGCUGGCCUGAGAGCAAGUUGAAGAUAUUGUACAAGAAUGUGGCUCAUCCAAAACUAGCUGCAUACAUGAAGAAUCAUAACUGGUUGAUUGAAUCUGGAGAGCAUUUGAUGUUUCCUCAGAACCAGUCUGAAUUCCAGGGUGGAGUUGUUCACUACCUUGAAUCCAUUGAAGAGAUGGUACCAGAUAUUGAAUGGGGAAAGAACAUACGUGUAGUGCUGGACGUUGGAUGUGCAGAUUCAAGCUUUGUGGCCUCUCUUCUUGAUAAGGAUGUAUUAACAUUAUCAUUGGGCUUGAAGGAUGAUUUGGUUGACCUAGCACAGGUUUCCCUUGAACGUGGUUUUGCUACAGUCGUUAGCCCUUUUGCAAGAAGAAGACUUCCUUUUCCUAGUGGAGUUUUUGAUGCUAUUCACUGUGGUGGGUGUACCAUGCCCUGGCAUUCCGAUGGGGGUAAGCUUCUACUAGAGAUAAAUAGGAUUCUGAGGCCUGGUGGAUACUUCAUUUUGUCAACUAAACAUGACAGCAUUGAGGGGGAAGAAGCUAUGAACACAUUGACUUCUUCCAUCUGUUGGAAUAUUCUGGCUCAUAAAACUGAUGAUGUCAGUGAAGUGGGUGUUAAGAUAUAUCAGAAGCCUGAAUCCAAUGAUAUAUAUGAGUUGAGGAGGAGGAAAAAUCCGCCUUUAUGCAAGGAGCAUGAAAAUCCUGAUGCUGCCUGGUAUGUCCCUAUGAAGACUUGCUUGCAUGCCAUUCCAUCUGCAAUCGAACAACAUGGCACCGAGUGGCCGGAGGAAUGGCCUAAGAGGCUUGAAACAUAUCCUGAUUGGUUGAAUGACAAACAAAAAGCAAUUGAUGAUGACAAGCACUGGAAAGAUAUUGUUGAGAAGUCCUAUCUCACUGGAAUGGGUAUUGACUGGUCAACUAUCAGGAAUGUGAUGGACAUGAAAGCCAUCUACGGAGGAUUUGCUGCUGCACUUUUACAACAGAAGAUUUGGGUGAUGAAUGUUGUCCCGGUCCAUGCACCAGAUACACUUCCCUUCAUCUUUGAACGUGGACUCGUUGGCAUCUACCAUGACUGGUGCGAGCCUUUUGGGACUUAUCCAAGAUCAUAUGACCUCUUACACGCUGAUCAUUUUUUCUCCAGGCUAAAGAACAGGUGCAAGCAGCCUGUUUCAAUUGUUGUUGAGAUGGAUCGUAUUCUACGUCCUGGUGGUUGGGUAAUCGUGCGCGAUAAGGUUGAGAUACUUGAUCCUCUAGAGGGAAUUUUGGGAAGUUUACAUUGGGAGAUCAGAUUGACUUAUUCUCAGAACAAGGAGGGUAUCAUAUGUGCUCAGAAAACUAUAUGGCGUCCUUGAGAUCUCUUAUCUAUGUACAUUCACAAAUUUCAUAACACCACGCAUUUUCUCCUCUUUUUACAGCAACAUCAUUCAGAAGUCUCCUUUUAAUUUUCCUUUUUUGUUGUCGUGGAUCGCUGAUUAUUCAAAAUUUGCGAGAUAUCUGUAAAUUAAUCAUCAUUUUUUAACAUUUGAUCUUCUCAAAGUUCAUGAGUUGUACUUCAAUUUGUUGUCACUCUUAACAUCCCUUACAGGGGGACAUGGUGAGAUCUAACUGGGGACACUGAUUAUUAGAAGGGUUGGCCCACAAAACUA